AUGGCAACCCUACCUGGUAUUGAUGAGCACACCGCGUCUGAAGAACUGAUAACUGGAGAUAAUGAAUGGCACAAAUUGGUUAUUCCCAAAGGCAGCGAUUGGCAAAUCGAGCUUAAAACUGAAACAAAACUGAUGAUCAAGGUGAACUCAGGCAUAGCUGAAAUAUUUGGCACUGAAUUGGCACUAGAAGAGGAAUACACCUUCCAGAGCUGGAAGUUUCCCGUAUACGCUGUUGAGGAAACAGAACUGGCGUGGAAAUGCCCGGACUUAACGACAAAUGCGAUUUCAAUAAAGCAUAAUCAUACUAUGAAAUAUAUAUAUAAUCUGCACUUCAUGUUGGAGAAAGUAAGAAUGUCCAGUUUUGAGGGCCCUCGAGUGGUGAUUGUUGGUAAUUCGCAAAGUGGGAAAACCUCCUUAUCAAGGACAUUAUGUUCAUACGCGCUGAAAUUUAACUCUUAUCAGCCUUUAUACAUCAACCUCGAUCCUCAACAGCCUACUUUCACCAUACCGGGAUGCAUAUCUGCCACUCCGAUAUCUGACAUACUUGACGCACAGCUGCCCACCUGGGGCCAGAGUCUUACCAGUGGUGCCACACUGCUGCAUAAUAAGCAGCCGAUGGUCAAAAAUUUUGGCCUGGAAAGAAUCAAUGAAAACAAAGACAUAUAUCUCGAGUGCAUAAACCAAUUGGGCCAAUUAGUGGGCCAGAGGUUACAUACGGAUCCACAAAGCAGGAGGUCAGGGUGCAUCAUUGAUACUCCAUCAAUAGCACAAUUGGAUGAAGGCUUGGGUGAACUACAUCAUAUGAUCAAGAAAUUCAACGCCAACAUUUUGGUAGCACUAUGCCCGGAAACCGAUCCUCUAUGGGAGAAAAUUAAAAAAGAGUUUGGUCCAGAAUUGGGGAACAAUAACAUCUUUUUCAUUCCCAGCUUAGAUGGUGUCUCUUCCGUUGAUGAUGUAUAUAAGAGAUCCUUGCAGAGAUUAUCCAUAAGAGAGUACUUUUACGGCUCGCUGAAUACAGCUCUAAGCCCUUAUGCAAUUGGCGUAGAUUAUGAAGACGUCACGAUCUGGAAACCUAGUAACGUUUUCGAUAAUGAGGUUGGGAAGGUGCAGCUGUUCCCUGUAACAAUAACCCCAAGCAAUCUACAGCACGCAGUCGUAGCUAUAACAUUCGCGGAAAGAAGAGCAGAUCAAGCAGCUGUGAUCAAGUCGCCUAUUUUAGGAUUUGCCUUGAUCACAGAAGUUAAUGAAAAGAGACGUAAGCUAAGAAUUUUAUUACCUGUGCCAGGACGACUCCCCAACAAGGCGAUGGUUCUAACCUCGUAUAGAUACUUAGAAUAG